CAAAACUCGGGCACUUUCAGGUACCCGUCAUCUCAAUCCCAACCAAUGUCACCGCCGCCAACGAUUGCAUUUUUCUGUCCAAGUCGGCAAUCUAACCUGAUCAGUUGCGUCUAAAUUGUACUUUUUGUCCAGGACUGCGAGUCCGACUUGGACGUGUCCUGUCCUUUCACUCCAUUUUGUCAUCAUCCUGCAGACCUGUCACCUGCACGACCCUCUGUGCCAUUUCAUUCUAACCCUUUUCACCGUCCUGCAUCGACCUUACGAACGAGGCCUACAAUUCCUGCACGCGCCGAGGCUUGCCAUCCUCGUGUUACAGAACACAUCACACAUCACACCAAUAUCCAGAGCCUCUUUUCCCUUCCCCUCUUCUUUCCUCGUUAUCCUGACCUUCUUUCGACAUGGAUCUCCUAGCCACAGUUCGCAAGGAAGGUUCUCGGGGUGGCCGUGGCGAUUUCCAAUGGUCUGACGUUCAAACCUCGUCCCACCGCGAAAAUUACCUGGGUCAUUCCCUUAUGGCCCCAGUCGGCCGCUGGCAAAAAGGUCGCGAUUUGAACUGGUAUGCAAAGGGCGAUAGGGACAAUAAAGUCGAUGGAGAAUCUCAGGAAGAUCCUGCGGCGAGGGCUGCUCGUGAGAGAAAGGAAGAGAUUCGAAAAGUUAAAGAAGUAGAGGAAGAUGCACUAGCCAGAGCACUCGGUCUGCCGGUCCCAGAACGAAAUAAUCCCAAUAUGGAACAACUAGGGACUCAACGAGAAGUAGGGAAAUUGUUGAAGGAGGCUGCAGACGGACAAGACCCUGUCCCUUCGAGGGGUGUGGGAUAUGGUCACGCUUCUACUGCGUCUGGAGCAGGUCCGGUGACUGAUCGAAUUCAGGGUACUGAUAACCCACAAGAUGAUAAGGAGCUGCAGUAUGCACUGAAAGAGUACAAGCGGAGACACAGAGAUGACAGACGUUCAAGUCGAAGCGCAAGUCGAGAACGCCACCGACAUCGAGACCAUGGCCGAGAUCGUGAACACAGAAGACGACCCCGGGACGAUGAGCGGCACGAGGAUAGCCAUAGGAGGAGACCACACAGAGAUCACCGACACAGAGCAUCACCGGACGGCCGAGAAAGACGCAAGCACCGUUCAACAUCUCCAGCCCCGGAUCGACGUGAUUCUUAUAGGGCGCGGGAUGGUCGAAGGAGCAGAUCACCCCAUUCCCGUCGCAGCCAUCACAAGGACCGUCACUAAAGCAGAAGGCGAUACAGUGAGAGAUCCACAGAUUUCGCAUGAUUGAAUUCUUUAUGUCUCAAACUGUAGGUCAAGAUUACUGUCAAAUAAUUCGCUGUCAACAUCCUUGACGUCCGAGUCCCCAUAGCUCGAUCGACGAGCUGCCGCUCCCGUCUGUUUAUUGAUAUCCGCAGAUAAGCUCGUCUCGACAAAUUCUUCUAGCUCUUCGCUGACCGUCUUGAGCUUUUCCUUGACGCUGUUGAUCCCCUCGACCCCAACAAUGUGUCGCGCAGGUGGGUUUUCGUGCCCACCGAUUGCCGUCAGCGCAUGUACGGUUUCAGCCACGAGCAUUUCGGUAUGCGCUGGACUCAACGGUGGGAUUAAGCUGGUCACUUCGUUCCGGCUCAGUAGGUAAGGUCCACUUUGCCUCUCGGCCUCUGACGAAGGGGAUGUCAUCUCCAAAUCUGGUGGAGGAGGAUACUCAGCCCGGAUGCCUGGUAGUCGGUUUAGUAGGCCGUCAAGGAUUCCGCGGAACAUUGGGGCACUGUGCCCAAACUCCCUCGUGUAUUCCUUCAUUGGAGGAGCCGAUGUAAUUCUGUUGGUCAAGACGCCAAUCUCGACACUGGGUUGGACAAUGGUCAAUUUGACAUUGAACGGUGCGAUCUCAUAAGCGAUGCUAUCACAGAAGCCUUCUAGUGCCCAAUUGGAAGCACAGUACAUACUCAAUCCAGGGGUGCCCAGGUGACCCGUAAUUCCGGUAAGCACAAUGAUAUGACCGUUCAUCUGAGACCUCAUCUGUGGAAUGACGGCUCUGAUGAUGUGCAUGGGACCGAAG